AUGACAGGACCUCUGCCGACGCUGGAACCCCGGGCGCUCAGUAGUCUCACAAUAAAUCAGAAGAGCAUUUUAGAACUAAACGGGGAGAAAGAUUUAUUUGUAUUCAAACUCGACAAUAUAGCCUGUCAUAAACCAACCAAAGAAAUUUACGAAGAAGAAGCAUCCGAUGGAUCAUCAAAAUCUCAAUUGGUUGCUAGCAAAUAUAUCACAAACUCGUCUACGCCAUCGCAAAUGACAAAUAGACAGCCACUUGCUUGUACCGGAUGUAGAAAGCAGAAGUUGAAGUGCCUCGGCGGCAAACCCUGCCAAAGGUGUAAUAAGAGGGGCAUCGAAUGCGUAUAUGACAGCGUCAUCAGGAGACGCGGGCCAGAUAAAGUUGCUGGUGGGAGGUUGAAAUCUCUUAGUUAGCUAUUUAUUGCAGUAUAUUGUACUUUUACUAAUACCCC